AUGGCGCUGGAUUCGUUCAACUAUUCAAACUCUUAUGGAGACGGCCGUAGAGCCGCAUUGCUCAAUAUUCCUCUCUCUUCAGCAACCUUAGACGCCGUCCUUGGUCGAACCCGUGACAUUGACACGAUCAUGCGCAAGCUGGUUUAUUUCGCUAUCCUAAUCCAACAUUGCUUCGCUUCUGAUGGCUCUGCAAUGGGGCUCAUUCAUCCUCGUGUGCUUACCAUUUCUCAGAGAGAAAUCAUCAUUCGCAAUGGUUUAGGUGAUCGAGAGCCAGCGAACAAAGAAAGCCAGACCGUCGAAGAUAAUGUUCUCGCACUUUUAAGCCUCUCUGAUCUUACGGAGAGCACGGUUGCAGAGGAUGCGCUGCUGAGUGUUUUGGAUAGACGCGCUGAUAUUUCGGACCACGUCGAGUUUAAUGAUGCUUUUCUCCCGGUUGUCACUGCCCUUGCCUACCGCAUCCAAGCUGCCUACAAUGCAUACCAAGAAGACUUGGAGGUCGCCGAGCAAGAGAGAGUCAUUCGUGGCGAACCAACUGAGGAAGAAGAGGAGGCUCGCAUUGACAAGGAAUUUGUCAUAGGCGAGAUGUUCAAGGUUGCUGUGAAUCUAGACUACGCUGAUGAGAUUGGGCGCCAGAAAAUGUUCCAGCUUAUGAGAGACAUGAUCUCUCAGGAAGUACUACCCGAAUCACUUGUCGCUAGAUGUUUGGACGUAUUACGGAUACUAUCACCAAACGAGAGGGAUCUUAUUCAAGUUGUUGUAGAAGUAGUCCACGAGCUUAGGGAUGUCAGCGACGAAGAAGAAGCUCUAAAGGAGCCUGCAGAUGAUGGAGAGACCAAUUUUGGCGAAAUACCCAUGCCAACUCAUACAGCACCCAAAGGACCAAAGCCAUCAGAAGAUAUGUCUUCCGAGGAACGAGCUCGUAUGGACGCGAUUGAUUUGCGUUGUCUGUCACUUUGUAUAGGGAUGCUGGAGCGUGUUAACGGAACAUUUGAAGAAAAUUCGACGCUCGAAGGCAUCCUUGGCGAGUUAAUCAUCACUGCCGUCAAGCGUAAGGAAUUGGUCUUUGCUGUCUUAUUGCUUGAGUAUGCUCAUGUUGCCCACCAUGUGCUUUUUUUGGGUCGAAUUCAGACUGCCCAGGAAGUCUUGAGGAUCCGUAUGCUGCAGAUUGUCUUCGACAUUCUUAUGGUGCACGAAAACGACUUCUUGGAACAAGAGGGUAGUACAGUGGAUAACAACAGCUUCAACCUUAUUUCAAUGCUCACGCUUCUACAAAGAGAGCGUAUAAUCGAAUUCUUCUUGCAAGUCCUGGAAACCGAGAAAUCGGACAAGGUGCAAGGCGACCUGUGUAUCGGCCUUUCAAAGCUUGUCCUUUCCGGAAUGAUCCCCGAAGACAAGGAGGUGGCGCUUCUUCAGGUCCUGCAAAGCCUGGUUGGUGCACAUCUUGCCCCGGACACGAUCGACAACCAAGAAGUCCGCCAGUGCCUUGCCUAUUUCUUCCCCGUCUACUGCUACUCCUCUGCAGUCAACCAGCGACGAAUGCAACCGCUGUUUAUUGGAUUAUUCGAGCAACUUGCCCCAGAAACCCGAAAUGUUGACGAAACCCAGGAUAUGGUCAGUCCUGCUCAAAUAGCAGCUAUGUUCGUGGAUUGGACCGAUCCACAGAAAGCUAUGUGAGGCAAUGUUAUUUGUUUUGAGAGUGUUAGUCAAAAUAAUGCAGCGAUGUGCAAGAUCAAC